AUGACAUCUGAGGUGACGAUUCCCGACAGCGAAAAGAUUCGCAUUGUUUCGGAUUUUCUUCAACAUGCACCACCAGGAGAAUUUAACGAGGUGUUCAAUGCUGUACGAAUGUUGCUCAACAAUGAUCAGUUAUUGAAAGAAGGUUGCUCGCAAGCUGUGGUGAGGUACAACGAAAGCCAGUUUGCCCCGGUGAAGCUCGAUGGAGUUGAGAAACAGACUCUAAUCACAGCAUUCAACGAUAUCGGAGGCGGACGCUACGUGGAUGAUGCCUCAAAGAAGUCGUUCAAGUACGAUCACCUUCGCAAAGAAGCUAGCGACAUCCAACCCUAUCCUGCUGAAUCAACUGCGUUAGAAUCGUGGCGAGCAGCGUUGCAGAAAGAACUGGACAUUUAUAUUGAAGAGCACUAUGCUAAAUCAGGGAUCGGCUGUGUGUUUGUGCGUAAUGGGAAUUUCACUAAUGGUCGCUGGCGAUCUGAGUGGAAAAUUCCUGUCGGUGACGGUAAGAUGGGUGCUCAGGAGCUUAUCGGGAACGUCAAAGUACAGGUACACUAUUACGAAGAUGGAAAUGUUCAACUAUUUUCUGAAAAGGAUUUUAGCGUAAAAAUACAAGUAACAAGCGACGUUGACAAAACGGCGAAGGAGAUCCUACAGUCUAUUCGGGAUGAAGAGGGAAAGUAUCAGCAUGCUGUACAAGAGAACUACGCAUCGAUGUCCGACAACACUUUCAAAGCACUGCGACGACAGCUGCCGAAUUUCCAUAAACCUCGAUGA